AUGUUGAUCUGGGGCUUUUUCACGCUCUUGAUUGCGGCCGUUGCUGCACUCCAGAGUCCACACCACAAGGCUGCAUCGGCGAAACGGUCUGCCAAGGUUCUGCGGAAGCGAGAGUUAUCUUCUGGUCGCGAGCAUCAGUAUCUGACCAACCAAACUGCGAAAUUCCAGGUCAAUGGAACCCAUUUCCCUCACGUGCCGUUUGAUAUCGGCGAAAGCUACGCCGGUCUACUUCCCAAUACUCCCAGUGGAAAUUCAAGUCUGUUCUUUUGGUUCUUCCCUUCUGAAAACCUAGCUGCAGACAAGGAAAUUACCAUCUGGCUGAAUGGAGGCCCCGGAUGCAGUUCCCUUGAUGGUCUUCUGCAAGAAAAUGGCCCAUUCCUCUGGCAAUCGGGUGUUUACGAGCCCGUACGAAACCCUUACUCGUGGACCAAAUUGACAAAUCUCGUCUACAUUGACCAACCCGCUGGAACUGGAUUUUCUCCACGACCAUCAACAGUCCAAAAUGAAAUUGAUGUCGCCAACCAGUUCAAUGACUUCUGGAAGGGAUUUAUUGAGACUUUCAGUAUGCAGGGUUACAAGGUCUACAUCACCGGGGAGAGCUAUGCUGGCCAAUAUAUUCCAUAUCUGGCUGCUGGCAUGCUCGAUCGCAACGACACCACACAUUUCAACCUCCAGGGUAUCCAAAUCAACGACCCAUCUAUCAACGAGGAUAAUGUCAUGAUUUACGCCCCGGCCGUAGCAGCAUUGAACCACUAUGCCUCCGUCUUUGGCUUGAACGACACCUUCAUGGCGGAAAUCAACGAGCGCGCCGACAAAUGUGGCUACACCAAAUUCCUCGACUCUGCCUUGCAAUACCCGCCUCCUGAGAAUUUCCCCAUCGCACCAGACCCCAAAGAGCCAGGCUGCGAUGUAUGGGACCAAGUCGUCAAAGCAGCAACAUACAUCAACCCUUGCUUCAACAUAUACCACCUCACAGACUUCUGUCCUUUCCUAUGGAGCGAAAUGGGCUUCCCAUCACAAGCAGGCGGACCAAACAAUUACUUCAACGAGACAGCCGUUCAAAAAGCCCUUCACGUCCCACCUACCAACUACGCCGUCUGUGCUAAUGGUGUCUUCCCUGAAGGCGAUAAUUCCCCACCAAGCGCCCUCGGCCCUCUACCCAGUGUCAUUGAGCGCACGAACAACGUUCUCAUUGGCCAUGGGUGGUACGACUACCUACUCUUCCUGAACGGCACCCUAGCUACCAUCCAGAACAUGACUUGGAAUGGUGCGCAGGGCUUCCAGAAGCCACCCAUCGAGCCAUUGCUUGUGCCAUACACGGAUAAAUUAGAUCAGAUUGCCAAUGGCCAAACGAAAAUACCUUGGACUGCUGAUGCUGGCGCUGGAAUACUUGGAACUGCCCAUACUGAACGUGGCCUGACAUUCAGCUCUGUCUAUGGAUCUGGCCAUGAAAUUCCUCAGUAUGUCCCUGGCGCGGCAUACAGACAGCUAGAGUUCCUUCUUGGGCGGAUCAAGAGUCUUCAGGAGAAGGGAAACUACACUGCACUGUAG